AUUGAAACCUCGCACAACGACACUCUUGGCCCCUCUAAUUUGUUACCUACGAUGGCCACUCUACGAGCUGCCGUCUACGUUGCGCCCCCGAUCCCAUUCAUUGCGGUGGCCCCGUCCCAAGGCGGCGUAUGGUCGCCCAUAUCCUGCACCCUGAUCUACACUGCGACCGAAGCGGUGCUGGUUGAUACUCCGAUCACCGUCGACCAGACUGAGAGGCUGGUGGAGUGGAUCAAGCGCAUUGCCCCAGGCCGGAGAUUGAUCAACAUCUAUGUCACUCAUGGCCAUGGCGACCACUUCUUUGGCAUCCCGGUGGUCCAAAAGCAUUUCCCCGAGGCCAGGCCAGUCGCUACCCCUCGCGUAAUUGCACAUAUGAACCAACAAGUUGAGGGACAAGUCUUUGCAUCCAUGUGGGAAGCUCGAUUCCCCGGCCAGAUCUACACUCCACAGCCAACUCCCCUGGCUCACCCCCUCCCGGACGAUAACACCUUACUCCUAGAUGGCUGCUGGAUGCUACAGGCCAUCGAGUGCGGACACUCGGACACAUAUGAUUCAACCAUCCUGUGGGUGCCGGAGCUCAAGCUCGCGGUCUGUGGCGACGUGGUGUAUGGUCAGGUGCACCAGAUGCUAUUCGAGGCCAAUACUCCGGCCAAGCGCGAAGAAUGGAUUCGAGCGGUGGAACAGGUGGCCGCCCUAAAGCCGGUGUAUGUGGUUCCUGGCCACAAGCAGGCCGAGGAGAUGGAUGGAGUCUGGCACCUCGCCGCCACCAAGAAGUACAUUGAGGACUUUGGGCGGAUUGCGGCCAGUGGGCCCAAGGACCCGACCGAGGUUUUCACCCAGAUGACCGAGUUAUAUCCCGACCGAUUCAAUCCUGCAGCCUUGAGAUUGAGUUCGGUGGGCGUGUUCCAGCAAGAAAGAAACCCCCAACUGUAGGACCGCAAUCAAUGUUCUUCUCCAUAAGGCAUGUCUAGCGCCC